UCUGAGGAAGAAGAUAAUAGAACUCUAUGAAAAUCCAAUGAAGUAUUGGACUUGAAUUGGUUCAGCUGAUUUUGGGUGAUCACCUUGAAAAAGCUCAUUGUCUAAACUUUACAUGAACUGUCCCCUUAGAAACUGAUCCUGGAUUAGAAUCCACAUUGAGUCCAAAGUGGCUGGAGGUUGGUACAGGGCUGAAAGAAACGGUGAACAAAAACAUUACGUAGCCAAUAAGCAGAAAAAGGCGGGGUGUCAGAGAAGGUUUAUAAGCAGUCUGCACAGUAGCAGUGAAAGUCAUUCGCUUUUUUAUUUUUUCAAAGGCCUUUCAAUGGAUAGCAAAUUAUCUGUGACGGGCUGCUGCUAUGUGAUCCUGCUGGUCUCUGCGCAAAUUCUGCGUGGUGCUGGGUUUGCCGUCGGGGCGAGGGGAACAGGGGUGGUCCAGACGCCGGGGCCGGGGGAUUUCGGCGUUCGGUUUGACUCGCACUCGCGAGGGGGGCGGCGAGCGGAGCCAGGCCGUCCCGGGCCGGUGGAAGACCCGCAGGACGAGGGCGGUUACUUUAGCAGCGUUCUCGAUCGAGUCGGGCCCGAGGCGCCCCGAGGAAGACCCGGCCCCCGAGGAAGACCCGGCCCCCGAGGCACCGGACGCAGGCGCCGGCCGCAGAACAGGGGCAAAGCUCACCGAUAUGGCAAAUUCAACUCCGACACGCACGGUUGCCAUGGCAUCCAGACACGGAGCUGCGCAGCCCCUGCAGACUGCGCAGGCUGCCUGGGGCUCUACACCUGUGACCUCACAAUCAGCACAUGCAAACUGAAGGGAAUCUCCCGGACAACAGAUGUGUUUUCUCAGAGCCUUCGGGACAUCUGAUCCAAGGCAGCAAUCGAUGACCUUUGAAUUUGCUGAGGAGGAUGCAUGCAUUUUUCAUUUGUAGGUUGUCUAUAAUGUUAGUUAUAGAACAACGUGCAUUGCUUUAAAGCUUCUGUAUGUAAUUUUGCUUCUUUUUUUCUGUAGGCUGUACAAGACUAUUCAUCUAAAAAAAUCUAAAAUAUGUUCAUGUUUUUUUUUUCAUGGUUUGAUCGUGUCUGUAGAGUGUAUUUAUCUGUGGCCUUUGAGACAUUUUUCAUUUAUAUAAUUAAUUACUUUUAAAAUAUCUUUUUCUUGCCAUACCAUAAUAUUUGCUCCAGGCUAAUUGCAGGACUUGGAAAACAUAUGAAAUUGAAUGUUUAUAAAGUCUGUGCAGAACAGGUUGUACUGUGGAAGAGUCAAAACACAGAAUCCAAUAUGUUAGUUUUUAAAUGAACUUCCACAAAGCUAUUAUGUGCAUUAAUUAUGUCAAAUGUAGAAAUUACACUGGUAAUGUGUCACACAUUGAGGUUUUAUAUUUUGUAAUAAAUUAGACCGUAAGAUCAUGCCUGCAAAUGAAAGAAACACAGCAAAGAACACAGUAAUUGUGUGGGAAAAUAUUAUGUCCUAUAUUCUCAUUAAAUUAAUUAGAUUGGUGCAUUAAUAUAUUAAUAUAAAACAAUAAUUAUAUGUUAUUAUACAUGAAUAUUAAAUUAUUGAAAGUCCUGCCAUGGAAGUCACAGUCCAGGGAAUGCACAGAGGAUUUUUCACUGUUACUCCGCUGUUUUUGCUUUCACUGUAAAGGUUUGUACACACAGCCGUGAGAGAGAAAAGGAAAUGAAAACAUUGAAACAUUUUCAUACUUUCACUUGUAUGGAACUUCACUGAGCCCUGGAAACUCAGACAAUGAGCAGAGGGAGUAUGGUGGUCUCAAAAUAUACAAUUUUUGGUUAGAGAAAAAGUUUUUUGUGUGGAGUUUCCAAAUGAAGCCGAACACACUGCCUGUGGAGAUUCUCUGUAUAUUUAUUCUUUUUAAAACUGACCUGCAGCGUAAUCUCCGCAAACACAAACAUAAAUCACCACAGAACAUAAAUAAAGUUAUAUAAUAAAUAGAUAUAAUAAAGUUUUAUAAUACAGUUCAGUUACUUCUUAUUUUGUCACGGCCACUGAAAUGAAAUAAAAAAUGGAAGCCAGACCUGAUCUUGAAAGCCAUAAUUUCAAUAACUCUUCCUUGUCACUUGUUUUUAUCUGAAAUAUAUUGUUCCUCUUCCUUUUUGAGCUGCGCAUUUUUUGACCGUGUUGUGAAACCCAUUUUAUUGUUAUGUUGUACAGUGUGACUGUACUUCAGCAGAUGGCUGGCUUGUAUCCUGUAACUAUUUGCAGACUUAAUUUAUGUUGCUAACAUUGCUGAAGUGUUUUUGGGAGUAGUUUUACAUCAUUAAGGUGAAACUGUCCAAUCAUGUUUUCAGCUGACAAAUACAGUGAUUGGGAUCAUGUAUUAAAUGUCCAGCAAAUUAAAUUGACAUAUAAGUUGAUAUUCAGUAAUUUCAUGGCAUGAAGCACAAUUAAAUUAAAUCUACAUGUGAAUUUUACAUUUCAAAGUCUAAAGUUACCGCAACAACACAGCUAUUUCGGAAAGCACUUAGUGUGAAACACUGUGGUUCUUUUGCAAGAUCUGUUGAUCAUGCUGACGGGAUUUCCACAAUACAGACACCUCACACACAUAGUAUGGGCAGGGCGAUUGAGGAAGUACUCAACGUGAACAAAACUUUCGGACAGAACGCAAAUUAAAAUUCACCGCUGUGUUUCUCUGAGUUGGCAUCAUCUCAUCUCCAGGAGUAUCUAUUCCAUUUCAAGAUGUUUGCCAUUUCUUUGGAAACUGCCACCAAGUGUCUUCUGGUUUUGAUGGCCAGUACCAUGGUUGUGAAAAGCGAGGACACAGGAGUUGAAGAAUGCGUUACUUACAGACAGCAUAAAAGGGACCUGUCUUACUGCAAUCUCACCAAGGUGCCCUCCGAUCUACUGAAUGACACCACGUACCUGGAUCUCUCCCACAAUAACAUCUCAGGACUCCACAGAGGCGACCUUGCUGGGCUUCCCCACCUCUGCUUCCUGAAAAUCACCCACAAUGGACUGCGAUACAUUUCCCCAUCGGCCUUCACAGACAACAUCAAGGUCCUGAACAUCUCUCACAACUCCCUAAUGACCAUCCCAGUCUUGCCAUUGCCACAGCUUAGGAUUCUAGACAUAUCCGGCAACCUUUAUGACAGCUAUGCUCUUGGAAAAUCCUUUGAGAAUUUGUGGCAUCUUAGUUACCUUUCACUUGGGAGUCCAAAUUCCCUAGUGGUAAAAGCCAAUGAUUUUGCACCUUUAAGAAACCAUUCAUUAAAAUGGCUGACCUUAGGUGGGGGCAACAAAUUGCAAGACUAUGAAUCCGGUUCCUUUGCUCAGCUGAAGUCUCUACAAGUGGUAACACUCAAGCUGUCAUUUUGCCAGCGGUUUGAAAUGUUUAAGACCGUCCUGCUGGACCUGGACCGAAUUAAAACCGAGAAAAUAAAGCUGGUGAAGUUCCUUCCUCACUUUUGCAACGUGUCCAGCGAUCCGUUUGAGGCACUGAGCGAAAUUCCCUCCCUGAGGAACUUGGCAUUUGUGGACACCUGGAUCAACAGUUCCGUCAUGACAAUGCUGCUAAAGAAUGUGCUUCAGUCUCAGAUCCAAAUGGUUGCAUUUGUGAACAUCAGCUAUAACCAGGACACACCCAAUGGCGUCCAGUUCUAUGGUUUCCCAGGGUAUAACGGCACGGCGAGCCUCAAAUCAGUCAUAAUCGAUGGGGUGCUCCACUAUCAGUACAACUAUCCGAAAAUCGCCAUAAACGUUUCCUACUUCCCCUUCAUGAGUUACCUGAGGUUUUCCAACACGGGAAUGAACAUCUUGCCGUGCUACCUAAUGUCCGCUAUCCCAUCGCUGGAGACGCUGGACCUAUCGAACAACCUGCUGACGGAAAACGGGUUUUGGUGGCCCGGCUGUUCGUACACUAAGGUCUUCCCUGCCCUGAGGUGGCUCUCCCUGAGCCACAACAGGUUUCAGUCCUUAGCCUUCAUCUCCCGAAAGACCCACGAGAUGAAGUUCCUGGAGUCACUGGACCUGAGCUUCAAUUCGAUCGUCUUGCGUGGCCAGAGGUGCUUCUGGCCGGCCCACCUGGCUGAGCUCAGCCUGAGCAACAACAACCUGGGCAACGCGGUUUUCCGAUACCUGUCGCCCCACUUCCAAAGGAUCAAUCUGUCGAAGACGGGAAUAACCGCCAUAACCAGAGAGGCUCUCUCGGGCCUCCCAAGCCUGAGGCACCUGUACCUGAGUUUCAACAGCAUCCACACGCUUCCAGAUGACCUCCAGGCUCCGAAUUUGCAAAGGCUUUACGUGAAUGAAAAUGCCAUUACUUCAAUCAGCCAGAGCUCCCUGUGGGGUCUGCCGGGACUGAACGUUCUGAAAGCGGGCGGCAAUCCAUUCAGCUGCAGCUGUGACUCUUACUGGUUCGUGACGGCUUUCAACAAAUCUCAGCUCCCUGAUUGGCCCGCGGGUUACACGUGCAGUAACCCUCCCUCCUUUGCGGGAAUGUCUCUGGAAGAGUAUAAGCCGGGUCUACUGACCUGUCAGCCUUUGCUCCAAGCCGUCACAGUGGUUAGCAUCGUUGUUGUAAUCGCUGCAGUCUCCGGUCUUACCUUCUAUGCCUGUGAUGGGGUCUGGUACACUAAGAUGCUGUGGGUUUGGAUAACAGUGAAACGAAGAGGUUACCAGGAGGCCAUCAGACUUCGGGAAGCCUCCUUUCGCUACCACGCCUUCAUUUCGUACAGCCAAAAGGACGCCCCGUGGGUGGACUCUAAGCUGGUCCCCAGCCUGGAGGGCGCUGGCCUGACCCUCUGCGUCCACGAGCGGGACUUCGUUCCUGGCGAAUGGAUCCUGGACAACAUCAUCAACUGCGUGGAGCAAAGCUACAAGACCUUAUUUGUGCUGUCCCGGAACUUCGUCCAGAGCAACUGGUGCACCUACGAGCUCUUCUUCGCCCAGCACCAGGCCCUCAGCGUCCGUCAGGACUCCCUGGUCUUCGUUCUGCUGGAGCCCAUCCCCGCUGACUCCAUCCCCAGGAAGUUCCUGAAGCUGAGGUCCCUGCUCCGGCAGCAGACCUACCUGGAAUGGCCGCAGGAGGAACGCAAGCGGCAGGUCUUCUGGGCCAGCCUGAGGACCAUGCUGCGUACUGCCGACAAGAGCAUGGUCCUCAAGGAAGAAGCGGGAGACAUCGCUGAAACUUGCCCUCUGUUGGCGCACAUGGCCCCGACAGGAUACUCCUUGCACCCUAAGUGACACCAUACAUUUUUUAAUUUUACUUGGUGCUAUUGAUGGGAGACUGAUGCUUUAUAAGCUGCACUAUAGGAAGGAGCUGCAGUGCAUUGACUUGUGGGUCGGUCAAGUUUGGCAACAGAAGGUGGGGGAUGGGGUACUAGAAUUUAAAUAUGUGCCAGAAUAAUAAAUAAAUGUUAUUUGGAAUAUUAUCACAUUUUUUGCAGUUGUCCUCCAAAGAGGAAGUGGUGAGGUGAAAAACAUAAAAGAAGAAAAGAAAAAGAAGGCUUUUCAAACAGGCCACAUGAAUGUUUCUGCAUUGUGUACAAACAAACACUGUUGUAAAGCCACUUUUUGUGUCCUGUUUUUAUAUCUUUCAUCUCUUACUUACUGGAUUAUAUAAUAGAUUAGAAGUUGUGUACUGCCACUUUACAUAUUGACAAAUGAACUCAUUUCAUUAUUUUUGAAUACUUUCAGGAUGUGUCUCCACCUACUGUUACGUGCCUGUAAGUUGCCUUAUGUAUAGUACUUUCAUGUUUUUUUUUUUCAUUUUUAAAUUAACCUUUCAUUUUUGUUUAUGGCAUUAAUUUGCAUUAUACAGGAAGAGCCCAUUUGUUCUAAACAUUAUUGGGUAGAUAUAAAUUGAAUAGUACCAACUCCUUGCGACUGCUAUGCAUUAUAAGCGCUAAUACCAUCUCUUCCAAUGCUACAGUAAAAAUAUGUACUUUCUUAUUUGCAUUUCCACGUCUGUCAAAAAUAAGCGUUAACAGCACUAAAAAAUGUUUCACCAAAAAAAAUAAAAUAAUAAUAGUCAACGUGUUCAUACACAUACCCGUGUAAGAACUGAUUUAUUCAAUGGUGUAUUUAAUUAAUUUUGACUACAAUACAUUACACGUUAGUAAAUGUG